GUGGCUCGGUGUGACCUCCUCCGGCCCCCCGGCCCGGCCCGGCUGCGACCAGCUGCCCCUGAGCCCGCGGCAGAGGGAGCUGUGCGGCAGGAAGUCCUUCCUGCUGCCCAGCGUUCUGGACGGAGCUCGGCUCGCCGUGUCCGAGUGUCAGAACCAGUUCAGACUGGAGCGCUGGAACUGCUCCACCUACAAGGACCCGCCGGUGUUCGGACAGCAGCUGACGAGCGGGACCAAAGAAACAGCAUUUAUCUAUGCCAUCAUGGCGGCCGGGCUCGUGCACGCCGUCACUCGCUCCUGCAGUCAGGUCAAUAUGACGGAGUGCGGCUGCGAUGCCAGACUUCAGAACGCCGCCGCCGCCGCCAGGGGCUUCUCAGUGCCGGUGCAGAGCUGGCAUUGGGGGGGUUGUUCGGACCACAUCCAGUAUGGAACCUGGUUCAGCCGAAGGUUCAUGGAGACCACAGUGAAGAACAUGUCGGCGAGCCGUGGGGGAUACACGCUCAGUACCAUGAACCAGCACAACGCAGAGGCUGGGAGACAGGGUUUCAGCCCAACUGAGCCCCUGGAUUCAAGACUGGACUACCAGGUUCACAGCAUUGACCCACCCCAGUCCUGACUCCUGG